AUGGAGACCCUGUGUGGCUGCUGCCUGUUGCGUGCCGCGGACAAGGACCUGCAGACGCCGUUCGAGAUCUACUCCCACAUGCUACGAGAAUGCUUUGGCAUUCACAUGACACUGAGUGAUGAUGACUCAUGCGGGAUCUGCUUGGUGUGUGUGGGCCGUCUGCGAGAUGCGUGUGACUUUAAACUGCAAGUGCAGCGUACUCAGGCGGUACUGCAGGCCCAGCUGCAGGGAGGGGUGUCUGUUAAAAAAGAAGAAAUAGCAGUGGAUUCGGAAACGGAGGACGGAGCCGCCGCCGGCGACGAGCCGGUGUCGAGUAAAAAAGAAGAGGAACGGGACUAUCAAAAAGUUCUGGAAGAUGUUAACAUACUUGAGGAGAUGCAUGUGAAACUAGCAUCCCACGGAGAUAGGGAAAUACCAGAAGAUGUGCAAAAGCAACAAGAGGCUUCGAAAAAUUCUGAGGAGCUAGACGAGGCGCAUAAACUGUUAUCUGGCCCAAAUGCUGGAGACAGCGCCGCUGAAGCGAAGGCGGAGCCGGUGCUGUCUAUGUCCGCCCGCGCGCGGGAACAGCUCGCUCAGGUUUGCUGCGUGAGGCUCGAGCGCCUCCGCGACUCACCGUGUCCCGUGUCGUCACACCGCGAGCCGAGCCCCGCCAGCAGUGUGCAGGACGUGACGUCACACCGCGAGCCGAGCCCCGCCAGCAGUGUGCAGGACGUGACGUCACACCGCGAGUCGAGCCCCGCCAGCAGUGUGCAGGACGCGCCUGCUCACACACACGCCGUCAGCGCCGACCGACAACCCUACACCUGCGACACUUGCCAGACACAGUUCACAGACAAGGCUACAUUAAUCACACAUAUACAGAACCAUUUCACACGAACAGACGAGAGUGAAAAAGUCUUGGUUAAACAUGAUGGAAAGAAACCAUAUAAAGGGGGCUUAGAUUACCACGAGAGAACUCAUAGUGGAGACAAACCAUACAGAUGUAGAGAAUGUAACAAGCUAUUUGCAGCAAAAAGUAGUUUAAAUCGUCAUGAGAGAAUACACAGUGGAGUGAAACCAUACAGUUGUGAGGAAUGUAACGAAGGAUUUACUAGAAAAGUUCAUAUAGAUGCACACAGAAGAAGAAUCCACAAAGGUUUAGACUGGAACAUGCAUUUUACACAAAAAGUGACUUUAGAAAGCCAUAGGAUAACUCAACACAGCGAUGAAGAAAGAGAUAAACAUUUAAAUGAAAAGAGUUCAGAUGUUGGAGUGAAGCCGUACAGUUGUGAGGAAUGUAACAACAAGUUUACAUUAAAGUGUGAGUUAGAGAGACAUAAAAGAAUCCACACCGGCGAGGAGUCGUACGAGUGCGAGAUAUGUGAAUGUAUCUUUUUUGAUGAAGCCAGUUUAAUAACACAUGUUAAUACUCAUGCGACCAAAAUAGUAAAGCCUUGA